UAUAAAUAACAAAGGAGUAUAUUACUAGUACAAAAGAAAAAAGGAAUAUAUAAUUUUACUCCAUCAACGUAGUUGGGGGAGGCCCCUCACACAUGGGAAACUCCGACUAACUAGCUAGUCUUCAAUAAAAUCAUAGCUAGAUAUGGUGUGAUCUGAUCAUCAAUAACUCAAAUUGGAUUUCAACCACACACAAAUUCCAUGAAUGAUAGUGAGAAAAUGUGCAAACCCACCAGAAGAAUCGGAUAGGGCAAAGUUCAAAACGUAACUUCAUGUCUAAAAUUCUUAAGUAAAUCAUAUGUUAUUUCUUAUAGCCGACAUAUUAUAGUUAUACAAAACAAUAUAUAUAUAUAUAGUAUAGAUUUUAAAGCCUAAAAAUAAUCCGAAUUGUCUUAUAAAAAAUCGUAUUAAAGAAAUAUAUUCCGGGAUCUAGUUACGUACUUUUGAAGGUGAUCGAUCACAACGCAAAGAAAUACAAGAAAUCAGAGAAGGUGUGUCAAUCAUGUUAUUGAUGAAGAAUUAAUAUAAGAGGUUGUAUCAUAUUCCACUGGAAAAUGUUGGAGAAGUAUUUGUUCACUGUAUAUAGCCCAAGCCUGAUUGCUGAUUUUAUAAAUAGAUAACAAUAGAAGCAAUUGCAGUGAGUGGGCAAGGGAGAGAGAAAGCAUGGUCGUUGCUAUCAUUUCUCUUCUCGGACCUUUGUUGAAAGUCUUGGGAUCGAAGGUAGGGAUCAUAAUCAUCGCCUAGAGGAGGUAUUAAUUAUCUUCCUGUAAUUGCAGUGAGUGCAAUAAAGGAUUGUAACAUAAAGAUAGUUUUUUUUUUUUUUGAGCGAAAUCUUGCAUUGAGGGAUAGCUGCAAAAAAGUUUGUCUGAAAAGAAAAAUAAAUAAUUAAAGUUUUAAAGUCACAAAGAGAGAGAGAGAGGUAUGGGGAAGGGAUUAUUCAAGUUUUCUCUUCCUUUCUUUUCAAGACUACUUUAAGAUGGAAACCUGAAAGAGUAAAGAGGAAAACUGAGAAAAGUUGCUUAGCUAAAAGCAACAAGGUAUGUGGCUGUCACCUGAACUGUUUUCUUUGAUUAGUGUGAGAGAUUCCCGGACACAAGCUGGUUAGUGGAAUUUUAAUUACUCAAUCUUGGGAUUUUCAAGCCUUUUCUUUUAAAAAAAUUUGUCAUUAUGGAGCCUGAAAAUGUCCAUCACCAACACCAGCUCCAAGACCAGCUUGUUGGGUCUUCUUCUUUACCUAUCCCACCCAGUUAUGGAGUUGCAAGCAGUACCCAUUCUUGGACCCCAACCUCCUCAAGUAUUAUUUUGAACACCAGUGAGUUCAUUCCAGUUUACAAUGGGGAUAUCUCACACUCAAUGCAGAAAAAUAGCAUUUUAGCAUAUUCUUCUCAAAACAGUUCCAUGAUCCAAGACUGGACUAACAAUGAAGGAAGCUUCGCCACCCAUUCUUGCCAUGACAUACACCUGGCCAAAAUCAAGGAAGAGCUCUCAGAAUCUCUCACAAGAUUCACUGAAAUGUUAAGCGACACCUCAUCAAGGGAUGUCGGAGAUUCUCGUCAGCUACCUCCUACAAACUACUUAAAGAAUAAUGAGCAAAAAGACUUGCAUGAUCUUAGCGAGAAACUAUUGCUCAAGACAAUAUCUUCUGGUUUUCCAAUGUUUUCAGCUGGAUCAGAAUUUUACUCAACCACCCAGAAUUGUUCUAUCCCUGGAAGUACUUGUUUACCAAGUAGAAGGAAUUUCAGCCAGAUAUAUCCUAGUAUAAAUAUUUCAAAUUUGAGCCAAGCAUCUUCCCCUAAUAUCCCAAGCUCCUUCGACAUGAAUUUGGAGGCCUUGGAUCUCUUAAGUCCUGCAAGAUUUAGUAGCAGAAGCAGUUUUACCAAUCCUUCGCGUGAUCAUAAUAAUCUUGGUAUAUACAAAGAGAUCAGCCCUUCUUUUGGUUUUCAUCACCACCAUUUUCAGCAGUCAAAUCAGAGGCCAGCUUAUAGCCCUAGUAAAAUAUCACCCUUCCCCACUGAAAUAAUAGAGGCAAAGAAACCGAGCAUUUUAGCGGAAGCAAAGGCAACAGCAGGUGCAACAGCCAAGAAAUCUCGUUUGGAGUCACGCGCUUCCUGCCCUCCCUUUAAGCAGGUUAGGAAAGAGAAAUUGGGAGAUAGAAUUGCAGCUCUCCAACAAUUGGUUGCUCCUUUUGGCAAGACAGAUACAGCGUCCGUACUAAUGGAGGCUAUUGGAUAUAUCAAAUUCCUUCAAAAUCAAGUCGAGACAUUAAGCGUUCCAUACAUGAAGUCAUAUCGCAACAAAACAUCCAGAUCCAAACAAGGGGGUUCAACAAUGGAGGAGGGUAAUGAAGAAGAAGCAAAGCGAGAUCUCAGAAGCCGAGGUCUAUGUCUAGUGCCAUUGUCGUGCAUGUCUUACGUGACUAACGACAGCGGUGGCAGCAUUUGGCCACCGCCCAACUUCACCGGAGGAACUUAUAACAACAACUGCUAGCUUAGUUUGAACCGAUCGAGAAUCUAGAGGAGAUAUUAAAUCUUGGGACAUUAUGAUAAAAAUACUGAUUAUUUUCUAAGCCCACAUGUUGACUAAUAGAAUAAUAAAUUCUAGCUUUGGUUUCUAUGGAACAAAUUUGGUCAUCUUGUUAAAAUUACUAGAUGGACCAAGUUUGAUCCAUUUACAUUAUUUCUUGUACUUUUAACCUUUUAAAAUUAUAUAGUUUCUAGAUUUUAAAAGAGCUUCUUUCACAUUUGUCUUU